AUGUCAAGCCCUUUAGAGUAUGCUUUUUGUGCUUUAGGUUCUGCAAUAGUUGCAAAGACUAUAGUUGCUCCCUUUGAUAGGAUCCGAUUAUUAUACCAAGUUCAGGGAAUGAUGAACAGUACUCAGAGUAUAAAUAUAAUUGGAACAGGGAAUGCACUCACUAAUACAUUGAAAUAUAAAAGUUUGUAUCAAACAAUACGUAUGAUUUAUAAUGAAGAAGGGUUAUUAAGCUUUUGGUGUGGUAAUCUCACAAAUAUUUAUAGAUCAUGUCUUGUUUAUAUAUUAAAAUUUUCAAUAAAUGAUACAAUGAAAUUAAGAAGGCUAAAGAGGGAACAAUUGAAUAGGUCUAACUCUGAAACAUCAUUUAAUUCAUUAUUAACAUCAUCCUCUGAUGAUAACCUACAUAAAUUGAAUGUUAUGGAUUUAUUAUUAUCUGGAGGUAUUGCUGGAUUUGUUCAAAAGUUCAUAAGUUAUCCACUGGAAAUUUUAUCUGUUCGCAUUUCUCUUGGGAUAAAUAUAAAUAAUUUGAAUAUAAAAAAGACCAAUGAUCAUAUUAAAUAUGAUGGGAUUUUCAAUUGUAUUCAAAGAAUUUAUAGAUAUGAAGGUAUUUCCGGUUUUUAUAAGGGGAUAAUUCCGACAGUUCUUACAGGUACUCCAUAUGUUGCAAUUCAAUUAACAUCGUUUGAAUUAUAUAAAAGGUUAUUGAUUAAAUUAUACUGUAAUAUUAGUAAUUCCUUACCAAAAUCUUUUAAGAGUCACACUAUUUAUACAGGAACUGAUUAUCACUUACCAAAUGAUUCAUCUUAUUCUUUGUCUUAUAAUGACAUGGGAAAUUGUAUAGAUAAAUCCUCAAUUGAUUAUUCAUCUAAAUUAGAGAAAAGUUUACAGAUAACUUCUUCAUAUUCAGUGCCUUUUGUUGUAAUGAUUUCAAGUAUAUCUGGUAUUUUAUCUAGUAUUACUUCUUUAUUUCUUAUUUUCCCUGGUGAUACAAUUAAAAAAAGAAUGAUGACUAAUGGAAUAGAUGGAAGUAAGAAGUUAUAUACUAACUCUAUAGAUUGUAUAAGAAAGAUAUAUAAAAAAGAAGGUAUUAGAUCUUUUUAUUAUGGAUUAAGGCCAAGUAUUCUAAAAAGUAUACCCUCUGGUGCACUUCAAUUUGGAGUAUACGAAUUAUCCAAAUAUUUCUUGCCAAGAAGACUAAAUGAAUUAUAA